UCUCCCACAGCCUCCCUGCUGGUAAAAGAGCCAACUGAAUGUGAAAGUUCUCUCCACAUGAAGGUCAUAAACCAGCAGGUGCCAACUCAGACAUAAGGGAGAGAGGAAGGGGAGAGGACUGAGAAAAGGAACGAGAGAGAGUGAGAGAGAGAGAGGGAGAGAGAGAAAGAGAGAGAGAGAUUGAGAGAGAGCAAGAGAGAGAAAGAGAGAGAGAGAGAGAGUGAGAGAGAGAGAGAGUGAGAGAGAUCGAGAGAGAGAAAGAGAGAGAGAGAGAGAGAGAGUGAGAGAGAGAGAGAGUGAGAGAGAUCGAGAGAGAAAGAGAGAGAGAGAGAGAGAGUGAGAGAGAGAGUGAGAGAGAUCGAGAGAGAAUGAGAGAGAAAGAGCAAGAGAGAAAGAGAGAGAGAGUGAGAGUGAGAGAGAGAGAGUGAGAGAGAAAGAGAGCAAGAGAGAGUGAGAGAGAGAGAGAGAGUGAGAGAUCCAGACAGACACUCACCACCACAACACUCGGACAGUGCCACAGGCAGCCGGCAAUGCUGAACGGUCAGAGAGCUGCAGAAAAGUUUCUCCUGCUUCUGCACCUGCUUUCCUCAGUGGCCCUGGUCUGGCCCCACCUCGCCAGGGUUGGGGAGGACACCACACUGACCUGCCGGUUCGCUCAGCGCUGGGACGGGGAGCUGAGCGUAGAGUGGACUCUGUGGAGAGCCGCCGGUCCCGUCGUGGCGUACUUCUACCACCGAGGAUCGGCCCUCGACGAGCACCAGGACGCGCAUUUCAGGGGCAGGGCCACCGUCAACGAGUCCCGGCUGGGGCAGGGGGACGCCUCGCUCCGGCUGCGGGGGGUCACUGCCCACGAUGAGGGCAGCUACAGGUGCAUCGUCUACACCCCAAGGUGGAAGAACCAGCAGGAGCAACAGCUCAAUGUCACAGCUCCAUACAGCCAGCCGCAGGUGAGCUGCUUGCCCCUGGGUGGGGGCCGGGCACAGUUGACCUGCCUGUCCAGCGGCGGGUUCCCCCAGUCGGCGCUGGGCUGGUGCUGGGGGAACGGCAGCGCAUACACGGGCCCAGCACAGGCCACCGAGGUGUCGCAGGCAGCAGAUGGCACCUUUGGGCUGCAGCGCGGGCUGGAGGUGGACACGUCCUGGGUGCCCGACCUGAGGUGUGUGGUCACCCAUCCCCGGCUCAACCAGACCCGCAGCGGUCACCCCAGCUGCCCGGACCAGACCACACGGGGCACCGAUGGGCUGCACCAUCCGGAACACUGCCCACAAGUCAACGACUCCCAGUCACCCUGCUGCCCACAAUGGCGGAUCGGACUGUUCCUCUCUGCCGCCGUCCUGUUGGCAUUACUGACGUUGGUCUCCCUGCGAAUGCGGUGCUGUGGGAGCCCCUUCUCGAGUGGAGGGAGGGAGGAAGGAGGCCUCGCCGGAUCCAGGGGCACGAGGCUGGACGAGGGACGAGGGGAGGACCUGCUGACGCCGGCAUCGAGGGGAGUGGGCCAGAGCAGAGGCUGCCCACGCCGAGAGACCACCCUGUCCGCUCAGACUGCUGGGCAAGUAUAGGAGGCCACUCAGCCCCUCUGGAGCUGAUAUGCAGGCAGAGAGAAAACCAGAGACACGCCCCCUCCCAGUCACCACCGUCAGCAGCCGUCCUCGGCUCCGGGCCCCUCGCCAGGAACAACGGGUGUGAACGAACCGAGGGCAGGGGGCGUGGGUGCGGGGAUCGUCCGGAACCGAAGUCGGCAGCAAAGGACAGAGUGAGAGAGCAGGUCGUUGUUCCAGCGAUGCCACAGCCCCCGCCACUGGCUCACCACAAGUGCAGGUAGACUCGCUCGUGGAGUGUAGGGGCCGCAGGGGGUCACAGAGACAGGGAGGGGAUGUCCCCAGUGGUUGGACAUCCGGCUCACCAGAGCUUCCUGUGAAAUCCAGUCGGGCUCCACUUCCCACGGACCCGUUCAACCAAACUGGUUUCACUGGGAAAUUUAUUGUGCUGUUGUAUAACUAUUUUUGUAAAGUGAAUUUAAAGUGUUGCAGUAUUAACUGGAAUAGCAUUGAACAGCCUGAAUGAUCUUUUAGUCCAGCACCACCAAAGUGCCCGACAACAGUAACAUAAGAAGCAGGAGCAGGAGGAGGCCACCUGGCCCGUCGAGCAUCCUCCGCCAUUCGAUAAGAUCGCGGCUGAUCUGGCCGUGGACUCAGCCCCACCUACCUGCCUUUUCCCCAUAACCCUGAAUUCCCCUACUGUGCAAAAAUCUAUCUACUUGUGUCUUAAAUAUAUUCAAUGAGGCAGCCUCUACUGCUUCCCUGGGCAGAGAAUUCCACAGAUUCACUGCUCUCUGGGAAAAGCAGAUCCCCCUCAUCUCCGUCCUAAAUCUACUCCCCCGAAUCUUGAGGCCGUGUCCCCUAGUUCUAGUCUCACCAACCAGUGGAAACAACCUUCCUGCCUCUAUCUUAUCCCUUUCAUAAUUUUAUAUACAAGAUCCCCUCUCAUUCUUCUGAAUUCCAGCGAGUAUAGUCCCAGGCGACUCAAUCUCUCCUCACAGAAUAACCCCCUCAUCUCCGGAAACAACCUGGUGAACCUCCUCUGCACCACCUCCAAAGCCAGUAUAUCUUUCCUCAAGUAAGGAGCCCAGAGCUGAACGCAGUACUCCAGGUGCGGCCUCACCAGUACCCUGUACAGUUGCAGCAUAACCUCCCUGCUCUUAAACUCAGUCCCUCCAGCAAUGGCCAACAUUCCAACUGCCUUCUCGAUAACCUGUUGUACCUGCAAACCGACCUUUUGCCAUUCACACACAAGCACUCCCAGCUCCCUCAGCACGACAGCACGCUGCAAUCUGUCACCAUUUCAAUAAAAAUCUGAUCUUCUGUUUUUCCUUCCAAAGUGGAUGACCUCACAUUUACCAACAUUGUGCUCCAUCCGCCAGACCCUCGCCCACUCACUGAACCUGUCCAUAUCUCUCCGCAGACUCUCCGCAUCCUCUGUACGAUUUGCUUUUCCACUCAGUUUAGUGUCAUCAGCAAACUUAGACACGUUACACUCGGCCCCCUCGUCCAAAUCGUUAAUGUUUAUCGUAAACAGUUGUGGGCCCAGCACCGACCCCUGUGGCACCCCGCUCACCACUGAUUGCCAACCAGAGGAACACCCAUUUAUCCCAACUCUCUGCCUUCUAUUGGGUAACCAAUCCUCUAUCCAUGCGAAUACAUUACCCCCAGCUCCAUGCAUCCUUAUCUUAUGGAUAAGUCUUUUAUGCGGCACCUUAUCGAACACCUUCUGGAUACCCACAACAUCCACCUGUUCCCCUCUAUCCAGUAAGUUUGUCAGACAGGCCCUGCCCUUCCUGAAUCCAUGCUGUGUCUGCCUGAUGGAACCACUUCUAUCUGAUGUCUCGCUAUUUCUUCCUUAAUGAGAGCUUCAAGCAUUUUCCCGACGACAGACGUUGAGCUAACUGGCCUGUAGUUACCUGCCUUUUGCCUACAUCCUUUUUUAAACAGUGGCGUGACAUUCGCCGUCUUCUAAUCUGCCGGGACCUGCCCAGAGUCCAGAGAAUUUUGGUAAAUUAUCACAAACGUCUCCACUAUAACCUCCGCCAUUUCUUUCAGUACCCUGGGAUGCAUCCCAUCAGGACCAGGGGACUUGUCUACCUUCAGGCCCACUAGUUUGCACAUCACUACCUCUUCAGUGACAGCGAUUGUAUCGAGCUCCUCACCUCCCAUCGCAUCCACAGCAUCUCUUUGGCAGGUUAGAUGUGUCCUCCACCGUGAAGACAGACACAAAAUAGUCGUUCAAGGCCUCGGCCAUCUCCACAUUACCCAGCAUUAAUUCCCCCGUCUCAACUUCCAAGGGACCUACGUUCACUUUAGCCGCCCUUUCCCACUUUAUAUAAUUGUAAAAACUUCUGGUACCUUUUUAUAUUUUGUGCUGGUUUACUUCCAUAAUCUAGCUUCCCUUUCCUUAUUGCUGGCUUAAUGGUUCUUUGUUGCUUUUCUCAAUCUUCCAGUUUCCCACUACUCUUGGUGACUUCGUACACGAGCUUUUAGCUUGAUGCCUUCUUGUAUUUCCUCAGUUAUCGGCGGCUGGCUCUCCCCACCCUCACUGUCCUCGUUUUUAACUGGAAUAUACUUUUGUCGAGCGCCGUGAGAAAUCUCUCUGCAAGUCGUCCACUGUCCCUCAACUGUCCCACCACACAGCCUGUGUUCCCGGUCUACGCUGGCCAACUCCUCCCUCGUCCCGUGUCGUCUCCUUUGUUUAGGCAGAAUACACUGGUUUUAGAUCGAACUAUUGCGCCCUCCAUUUGUGUGAGAAAUUCAAUCACACUGUGAUCACUCUUUCCCUAACUACAAGAUGGUUAAUUUUACCCGUCUCAUUGCGCAGGACCCUUGUAGGUUCACUAACCUGCUGUUCAAAAAAGCUGUCACAGGUGCAUUCUAUGAAGGCCUCCUCAAGACUGCCUCAACCAACUUGAUUCUCCCAGUCUAUGUGGAAGUUGAAGUCCCCCAUGACAACUGCCGUUCCAUUCUGACAUGCAUCAGAUAUUUCUUGGUUUCCUGCCUGUGCCACUGUAAUGUUAUUAUCCGCUGGCCCAGAGACAACUCCCACCAGUGAUUUUUUUCCCUUUUACUGUUCCUAAUCUCUACCCAGAUAGACUCAACAUAGAUAAUGAGAUCUCUUUAUUAGUCACAUGUACAUGGAAACACACAGUGAAAUGCAUCUUUUGCGUAGAGUGUUCUGGGGGCAGCCCGCAAGUGUCGCCACGCUUCCAGCGCCAACAUAGCAUGCCCACAACUUCCUAACCCGUACGUCUUUGAAAUGUGGGAGGAAACCGGAGCACCCGGAGGAAACCCACGCAGACACGGGGAGAAUGUACAAACUUCUUACAGACGGCGGCCGGAAUUGAACCCGGUCGCUGGCGCUGGAAUAGCGUCACGCUAACUGCUACACUACCAUGCCUGCCAACAUUCUGCUCCUUAGACCUGUAUCGUCUCUCACUAUCGUCCUGAUCUCGUCCUUAAGUACGGGCACUACCCCACCUGCCACUUCCUCUGACAAAUUUUUGCACACACCCACCACCCUGUGUGUGAAAAAGUUGCCACUCAGGUCCCCCUUAAAUCUUAACACUCUCUCUCGCUCCUUAAGCCUGUGCACAAGAUUUAACACUUCAGUCAUUAUGCAAUGACUUUGAAUUCAUGAAAUGCCUUCAGCAAGCCAAGUUAAUAAGUAUGCUAUGGUGUAAACAGCAAAAACACUGCACUAGAUGCAGAUCUAAACCCAAAGCUGGAAAUACUGGAACCACUCAGGUGGUCAGGCGGUGUCUGUGGGAAGAGAAACAGAGGAAAUGUUUCAGGCUGAAGACCUUUGCUUAGAACUGGGCAGGAGAGAGAGGAAGGCUCAGCUGUGGGGCGGGUGGGGUGUCUCUGACAGGGUAAAGCCGGGGUGACCACGGGAGAAGCUGUAAACGGGGUUAGCUGGUCAGUGAGUGAGUGGGAGCCGCUGGAGAGCGGGAACAUGGACAGGAGAUUGUAGGAUGAGAUCACGGCUGGAAGACAACGCACAGUUUUGGCCAUCUUAUUUCAGCAGCGAUGUACUGGGGGUACAAAGGGUGGCAGGUACCUAGUUCCCUGAAAGUGGAGACACAGGUUGACAGGUUAGGUGAAGGUGGUGUCUGGCACGCUGGCCUUCACUGGUUGGGGCACUGAGUUGGGACGUCACAUUACAGCUGUACAAGGCGUUGGUGAGACCGCACGGAGCACUGUGAGCGGUUCAGUAUAGAGGAAGGAUGUAGAAAAGGUUCAGGAGGUUGUUACCAGGACCGGAGGGCUUGAGUUAUCUGGAGGGACUAGGGCUGUUUUCCCUCUGGAAUGAAGGAGGCUGAGGGGUGACCUUAUAGAGGUUGAUGCAUCUUAAAAAUCAGGAGGCCAUCGAUGAGAUCAAUGGCCACGUCUUCUCCCCAGGGUCAGGGAGUCUAAAACCAGAGGGCACAGGUUUAGGGUGAGAGGGGAAAAAUUUAAAGGGGACCUGAGGUGCAGAUUUUUCCACCCAGAGGGUGGUCAAUGUGUGGAACAAGCUGCCAGAGGGAGUGGUCGAGAUGGGUAUAAUUAGAACAUUUAACAGGUAAAUGGAUAGGAAAGAGGGAUAUGGGCCAAACGCGGGCAAAUGGGACGAGCUCAGGAAGUCCUCGGUCAGCAUGGGCGAGUUGGGCCGGUUUCUGUGCCGUCUGACUCUAUUUGUACCUGGCUGACAACUGAGUUGACACAAAGCCUGGCGUGUGGUGAAGGGAGAGCGGGACUGUAACAGGCCACGGAGACAGGCAGGUGAAGUUUGAUGGUGGUAGGUGUGGAGUGUUACGUUUGGAGAGGGAGAGGGAGAAAGUGCAGUGUAAACCUGAGGGCGCAGUCCACGGGGAAGAGAGAUCGGGGGGGUGUCCGUGAUGCGGCAGGUCGGCACAUUGGGUACAAGAGGUGGGACAUCACUUUCCAGUCGUAUCAGGAGGGAGAGGGAAGGGGGAAGGCGAGGGACACGGAGUGAAAGGCGCCACCAACACGGGCAGAGCGAGGGGCCGGCACUGAGACAUGGAGGGAGUCACACAGUGAGGGAGGGACGCAGUCCGGCCACUGCAGGCGGUGGGGGUGUGCUCCACAACCGAGUCCGUGGCUGACCUGACUUUGGCCUCCGCUCCACCCUCCUCGUCGGCCCGAGUGUUCUGGGUGCUCCACAGCGCUGCGGGGGAGAGUUCUGCAGCUCCACCGGACAGCGUUCCUCCUCCGCCGUCUCAAACAGGCAGCUCCUCCACCCGACCCACGGUCACUUCACAGAUCGAUCAGCAUCUGCGACCAGUUCGAGUUGGCAUCGGGGGCCAGAGCCAACCGCAGGAGGAUCGAGGCCGUGCUCUUCAGCAAUUGGCCCGACCAAUCCAAUGUCCCCCUUACCGUCAGGCCUGACUGCCUGAAGGUGCCGGGGGUCUGGUUCGGAGGGGCUGAGGCAUGUAACAAGAAUUGGCUGGAGCGGAUUAGGUCAAACAGAAAUUGGAUCUGUGGACAUGGCGUUCUCUGGUCAAUAACUGGGAAGAACUUGGUCAUCAGGUGCGAUGUGCUCUCAGGGCUGCUGUACCUGGCGCAGGUGUGGCCUGUUCCCCGCUCCUCUGCCUCAGCAAUCUCCUGGGAGAUCUUCCAGUUUAUCUGGGGGUCCAAGAUGGAGUGAGUCCAACAGGUCACGCUGCACAAGUCCUCUGAGAAUGGGGGCAAAAGUGUACCCAACGUUGCCCUCAUCCUGAUGACCACCUUCAUGUGUGGCUGUAACAGCCGGUGUGUGGACCCCAAGCAUGUGGGCACCAAGUGUCAGUACGUGCUGAUGUUCUACCCGAACCCGGUGCUGCGGAAGGCAGGCCUGGCCCCUCUACCGCAUAACGUCCCAGUCUGCUGGACAUUGCAGUACCACCCGUCCUUUAUGGAAGAUUUCUUCCUUUGACCACAAGUCCAUCAGGCAGUGGUCAGCACGGAAUGUACUUCAGACACUGGGGGACAGGGACACUAUGCAAUGUGUGGGAUUGUUCCCGGAGCAAACGCUCCAAACCAUAUGGCAGAACUCCUCAUCGCCAGAUCUGACCAACAAGCACAGAGACCUGGCUUGGCUGGUGGUGAGAGGUGCCCUCCCAGUCAGAGCCUUCCUCUACAGACGACACAUCACCCCCAAUGCACACUGCCCUCGGGACGGCUGCGGUGGGGAGGAGACAGUCACCCACCUCUUUGCAGACUGUGGAUUUGCUGAGAGGGUGCGGAGAAGGAUGCGAGGGGUCGUGUCCCAGUUCAUCCCCAGCAGCUGUGUGACAGAGGACUCUCUGAUCUCCAGGCUGUUCCUGGGGACACACACCAAGACAGACAUCAGGAGCUGCUGGAAGGUCAUCAACUGGGUGGAGGACGUCCUUUGAUCUGCCCGAAACUUGUUGGUCUCCCAGCACAGCGAGACCUCCAUAAGGGAACGCUGGGGACUGGCAUAGUCCCGGCUGCAGGAGUGCGUGCAGAGGGACGCACUGAAGCUGGGCGCAGCCAAUGCACAGGCUCUUUGGGGAAGGACCACAGUCUGGGCUCCUUCCGCUGCCACACAUGGAGGGGCAGAGUCGGGUGGGGGGGAGCCCCUCGAACAAUGAAAGGGGCAUCACCUCAGGGGGCCACAGAAGUGGCAAUGGUGAUAUGUGUGUGUGUUUUUCUCUCUCCUUAUGGUUCACACCACUGAAUGUACAGAUGUGAAUGUUAAGCUUCUGUUUUUGC